CUGGAUCGAUCGUGUUCACUGUUCCAUUUUUUAUUAAUAAUAAUAAUUUUCACUCUUUUCGUUUUUUCUAUUAUUAUUAUUUUAUUUUUUUACCGUAAUUUUAAUUACAUUUUCGGACUGUUUAUCGACACCUUAUCUGUCUGUGUGUGUGUGUGUGUUGUGUGUGUGUAUGUGUUUUUUUUACCGUGUCUCUGUCCGUAGUAACUAGUAGUCUGUACGUAUGCAGCGUAUAAUAUCACAUAUUCGCAUUAUCGAAAACGGAUGACGAAUCGGUUUUCAACUGAAUCGGCCGUCCGGUGAUGUAUAGUAAUAAUAACAACGAAUAAAAAUCAAAAAUAUGCUAUAAUAAACUAUAAAACGACGUCCAUAACACUGACACUGACGAAGAAGUCGUCUGCCCGUGCUGUCGUUAUCUAACGUGCGUGUUAUCGAUUUCGAGAGACGACUAUGACGAGGAAAAUAAAACGUUUGGGUCCGCUUUGGAGAACUUUGUUGCAAAUACUAUAUUAUGUAUAAAAUAUUCAUUAUACAUUAAUAUCUUAAAAUAGAUUGAUAAUAUUCAAUUUAAAAUGCCGGCGAUUCCGAGGCCAGGAAGCUUGAAAGAUCCUGAAAUAGCUGAACUUUUUGAUAAAGAUGAUCCAGAUAAAAUAUUUGAAGACUUACGAGAAAUUGGCCAUGGAAGUUUUGGCGCUGUAUACUAUGCAAGAUGUUCAGCCAGUAAAGAGAUAGUUGCUAUAAAAAAAAUGUCCUACUUAGGAAAACAAAGUAUGGAUAAAUGGCAAGACAUAUUAAAAGAAAUAAGGUUUUUAAGGCAUCUAAAACAUCCAAACACAAUACAAUACAAGGGUUGUUUUUUAAGAGAUCACACAGCAUGGUUGGUGAUGGAAUAUUGUCUGGGUUCAGCCUCAGAUAUUAUAGAAGUACACAAAAGACCUCUAAUGGAGGAAGAAAUUGCCGCUAUUUGUGAUGGGGUUUUAAGAGGACUAAAUUAUCUUCAUUCUUUAGGUCGUAUACAUCGAGAUGUAAAAGCUGGAAACAUCUUACUAACAGAAAAUGGCACAGUAAAACUUGCUGAUUUUGGGUCUGCCAGUACAAAAUGUCCAGCAAACAGUUUUGUUGGUACUCCUUACUGGAUGGCACCUGAAGUUAUAUUAGCCAUGGAUGAAGGGCAAUAUGAUGGAAAAGUUGAUGUUUGGUCACUGGGCAUAACAUGCAUUGAAUUAGCUGAAAGAAAACCUCCAUAUUUUAACAUGAAUGCAAUGAGUGCUCUUUAUCAUAUUGCACAAAAUGAUACUCCUACUUUACAAUCAUCUGAAUGGACAGACACAUUUCGAUACUUUGUUGAACUAUGUUUACAAAAAAAUCCUUGUGAGCGCCCUUCAUCAUCUAAACUUUUACAACAUCAAUUAAUAACUCGUUCAAGAUCAUCUAAUGUUUUGAUUGAUCUUAUACAAAGAACAAAAGCUGCUGUUCGUGAUUUAKACAAUCUCAAUUAUAGAAAAAUGAAAAAAAUUCUUAUGGUUGAUUCUUAUGAAACUGAGAGUAAUGUUGGUGAGAAUGAUGACAAUGCUGAUGAACAUACAGGCGGAGAAAGCAGCAAGAGUAAUAGUAUAACUUCAGAACAUUCAAUACAGUCAAUUGGYGUCAGCGCUUCAUCGCACAGUAGUUCUACCAAUAGUACGCCGAAUAUGAAUGAAAUAUCUAAUAUGAGCACAAACGACCACUAUCCAACAGCUAGAAAUCGUCACAAACCAUCUAGUAAUAAUUCUAACUCUAUUCUAUCCAAUGAUCAUGUGGCUACUGGAGUUCCCAAUAAUUUUGCAACUAUUCGAACAACAUCUAUAGUAACAAAACAACAGAAAGAACAUAUGCAAGAAGAAAUGCAUGAACAAAUGUCAGGUUAUAAACGAAUGAGAAGGGAACACCAGAGUGCAUUAUUAAAACUUGAAGAUAGAUGUAAACUUGAAAUGGAAAGUCAUAAACAGCUCUUGGAUAAAGAAUACGAAACUUUAUUGCAACAAUUUAGCAAAGAACUAGAAAAAUUACAAAUUAAACAUCAGCAAGAGUUAGAUAAGAAGAAUAAGAUGCAAGCUGAUGCUCAAAGAAAUCGUGAGAAAAAAGAAUUAGAGGAUCGUAUCUCAGUUCGAAGAUCAUUAUUAGAGCAGAAGAUGGAAAUGGAAACAAAACAAUUCCUGCAAGAACGUGGGGAACGUGUUCGUCUUCUCCGUGAAAAACAAGAAAGAGAACUAGAACAGUUUGAUGAAGAAUCCGCCCGUUUAGGUUUUAGUGCCUUGGCGAUUGCUGAAGCAUCUGGUGUUGAACAGGAUAGUUURUCAGGCAGUGUGCUUAGUCUAGCGCGUAGCAACAGUACUAACUCAUUUCAUGAUGGAAAUCUAUAGCCCCACAUGUUUCUAUGUAAAUAAUUUUACUAUCUACCCUUUCUUACAGCUUUUUAAUAUUUACACAUAUCAAACAGUAGACAAAUUUCUCAUUUAAAUUUGAUUCUACUUAAAUAUUUUUAUCAUAUUCAGUAUUAGAAAGCUUAAUUAACGGAUUUAAAUUAACAUAUUUUCUUGAAAACAAAUUAAUAAUAAAUAAUAGCAUUGUAUAAUACCUUA